UUGUAAGGAGGGUUUUGGCUUUCUGCAUUUUCUGUCUCACACAAUCAAAGAUCUCUCUCUCCCUCCGUAGCCGCAACCGAAGAAGAGAAGAAUUAGAAGAGGAAGAAGAAGGGAAAUAACCAUUUCUUCUUCUUCUUUUGCUAUCCUCACCGAAUCCGGCCUCCUGUUUCCCUUCGAGAGAGCCAAGCAAUGGCCACCCUCGUCCCUCCCGCCGCUGCUACGCCGCCGGCAUCGACACCGACGGUUGCGGAGGAGGUCGACUACCGGAACCUCCCUUGCCCCAUUCCCUACGAGGAAAUACACCGCGAAGCCCUCAUGUCCUUAAAGCCAGAACUGUUUGAGGGGAUGCGCUUUGAUUUUACCAAAGGACUCAAUCAGAAAUUCUCACUUAGUCACAGUGUGUUCAUGGGACCAACUGAAAUUCCAUCUCAAUCUUCUGAAGCAAUUAAGAUUCCCACUGCUCACUAUGAAUUUGGUGCUAACUUCAUAGACCCAAAGUUGAUGCUUUUUGGGAGGGUAUUGACAGAUGGGAGACUGAAUGCACGAGUGAAGUGUGAUUUGUCUGAAAAUCUUACCCUAAAGGCUAAUGCUCAACUUACAAAUGAGCCACACAUGUCGCAGAGCAUGUUCAACUUUGACUACAAGGGUUCGGACUACAGGGCCCAGUUUCAACUAGGGAAUGGGGCCUUAUUUGGAGCUAGUUACAUACAGGUAAAAGAAAUCUUCCCCCUUCUAGCAAAAAAUGAAAUCUUCCCCCUCGGAGAAAAUUUCAUUCUCUAUAAGAUGACAAAAGAUGGGACGACAAAAGAAAUAUGGGAUGCUGCAAAUGAGACACAUUCCGACAUUGAAGACAUAGCGGAGGCAUUUGAGAUUGAAGUGAAAUAUAGAGAAGAUGGGCAGAUUGAUAGAUAUAAGGCUCGACUGGUGGUAAAAGGCUUCACACAAUCUUAUGGUAUCGAUUACGAAGAGACAUUCGCCCCAGUGGCAAAGCUAAAUACCAUUAGAGUUCUAUUAUCUCUAGCUGCAAACAUGGAUUGGCCUCUCCACCAAUUAGAUGUGAAGAAUGCAUUUCUAAAUGGAGACCUAGAAGAGGAAGUCUACAUAGAUAUUCCUCAUGGAUUCGAAACUAAUCUUACAAAGAAUAAGGUUGCCACAGGGCAAGUGGCUAGCACUGGAAUGGUUGCUCUGAGCUAUGUUCAAAAAGUAUCUGAGAAGGUCUCUUUGGCAUCAGACUUCAUGUACAACUACUUGUCGAGAGAUGUUACAGCAAGCUUUGGUUAUGACUACAUUCUCCGACAGUGCCGUCUUAGAGGGAAGAUCGAUUCUAAUGGCUGCAUAGCUGCUUUUCUGGAGGAGCGGUUGAAUAUGGGUCUUAAUUUUAUUCUUUCAGCUGAGAUAGAUCACCGGAAGAAAGACUACAAAUUUGGGUUUGGAUUGACAGUAGGAGAAUAGGAUAGAGGGCUCAGGUGCUGUGCUUGGGUUUAUGUUCGCUGAUGCUGCAAUCAACUCUAGGUGUACGAGGGUUGGCUUUUUCUUUCUGAUGCCGAUCAAUUCAGUUUUGUACUCUUAUCUGAAGUGCCAUUAAAUGUGGGCAGCACCAGCUGCUGCAACAGUUUUAGCAUCCGCAGACGUCCUUUUUCUGUGAGAUACUCUAUUCAUUUCAUCUUCAAAGCUGUAGAAAUAAUUACAAUACAAAAUGGAGUGGUUUAUAAUUGAUAGGGAUUGAUUGCAUUAACAUGAGUUUUUCCCAAUUCAAUUAGCCUGUAUGAGAUGCCGUUAAUUGAAAGAUGUGAAAACCUGAAUGCCAAUAAGUUGCUUGUGUA